AUGGCGAUGUCGGCGCUGGCCGCGCAGCUGGGCGGCCGGCUCGGCGGCGAGGUCGUCAGCGCCGACUCCAUGCAGGUGUACAAGGGCCUGGACAUCAUCACCAACAAGGUGUCCCCCCAGGAGCAGCGUCUCUGCAGGCACCACAUGCUGAGCUUUGUGGAUCCCCUCGUCUCCAACUACACAGUGGUGGAUUUCAGGGACAGAGCCGGCCCUCUCAUCGAAGAUAUCCUGGCCCGAGACAAGAUCCCCAUUGUCGUGGGAGGAACCAACUACUACAUCGAGGCCUUGCUCUGGAAGGUCCUUGUGGACACCAAGGACAAGGACACCGUGGCCCCCGCGCCCGUCCCCGACAGGAAGGUGGAGCUGGAGCGGAUGGACGGCGCGGAGCUCCACCGCCGCCUGCGCCGUGUGGACCCCGCCAUGGCGGCCAGGCUGCACCCCCACGACAAGCGCAAGGUGGCCAGGAGCCUCCAAGUGUUUGAAGAGACGGGCAUCCCCCAUAGCGAAAUCUUGCACCGGCAGCAGCAGGAGGAAGGCGGUGGGCCCUUAGGGGGCCCCCUGAAGUACCCCCAUUCCUGCAUCCUGUGGCUUCACGCAGACCAGGCAGCCCUGGACGAGCGCCUGGAGAAGCGGGUGGACGACAUGCUGGCCGCGGGGCUGCUGCAGGAGCUGCGGGACUUCCACCGGCGCUACAACCGGCAGAGGGUGGCCGAGAACCGCCAGGAUUACCAGCACGGCAUCUUCCAGUCCAUCGGCUUCAAGGAGUUCCACGAGUACCUCGUGAGCGAGGGCAGCUGCUCACCCGAGACCAGUGCCCUGCUGCUGCAAAAAGGGAUCCAGGCGCUGAAGCAGGUCACCAAGAGAUACGCUCGGAGGCAGAACAAGUGGGUCCGAAACCGCUUCCUCAAACGCCCCGGGCCUAACGUGCCCCCGGUGUAUGGCUUGGAGGUGUCUGAUCUCUUGAGGUGGGAGGAGGACGUGCUGAAGCCAGCUCUAGAGAUUGUGGAGAGCUUCAUGCAGGGCCGCGAGCCGCCGGCGGCGCCCGUCAGGAUGGAGCGCGACGCCCACGAGAACAAACGGAGCCAUCGCGUCUGCGACGUCUGCGACAGAGUCAUCAUCGGGGACCGCGAGUGGGCAGCUCACACACGAUCCAAAUCCCAUCGGCACCAUCUGAAGAAGAGGCAGAAGCUGGAGACGGCCGGUGGUGCUGCAGGCAGUGAAGGGGCCGGCGACAGUGCAGAGCCCUCGGUGGAGGACAGCGUCUCACCUUCGCUAUAGACCUGCAAGUGCCUGGGCAAGGGGGACAGGAGCAGGUCCACCGACGUGGCGAGGAAGCCGCAGGUCCUGGGUGGCCUUGAAUGCCACGAGCAGAGUCAUUUGUUGGGGACGAGGC